CUUUCCCGUUAUUGCCUCACUGGAACCGAGACGUUUUCAUCGCAUUCAUUUACAGCGAAUACAGUUAUGCGUGAUAUGCGCCCGUGAGACAUGCCGCAGUCAAAUGGAGACUCAGAGAGUGCUGUGUGAUUUUUGCGCGUUUGUUUGAUUCUGCGGCCGGACGAGUUUGGAUGGUUAUGGGAACGAGCGCGCGCGCUGAGGCACGUCUUCUCCUGGACAUACAGUGUCGGUCUUAAUGGAAAGCAUGUCACCUCAGCAGGAGAAUAUUGGACAGAGUCGGUCCGCCUCUUUGACAGGAGAAACCAAGAUCUGCGCUGUGCCCGAGAGCAAAAAGAAGAUGAAGACCCUCACCCAGCGACGGCAGUCUGCCCCAUCCCUGGUCAUCAGCAAAGCUCUUACCAAAUCCAGAAGCCUGUCCAGAGAGAACUGCCUGUCGCCUGUCAGCCCUGAGGCUUGUCCUCUGGUCCAGUCCUUCUUGACCCCGUCCCGGACCUUUGUGACCUAUGGUUAUGCCCAGCUGAAGACUGGCCUGCAGACACAGGAACGCCACCUGUUCCUCUUCAAUGACAUCCUCCUCAUUGCCAAAGCGAAGUCACCCACGCACUUCAAGCUGAAGGUGCAGGUGCGUGUGUCUGAGAUGUGGACAGCCACCUGCAUGGAAGAAGUGUGUGAGGGCAGCACAAGUCCUGAGAGAAGCUUCGUUAUGGGCUGGCCCACCUUCAACUGUGUGGCCACCUUCAGUUCCAUCGAGCAGAAAGAGAAAUGGUUCUCCUUCAUCAAAAGCCAAAUACAAGACGAGAAAGAAAAAGAAGAUCCCAAAACCAUACCUCUGAAAAUAUUUGCAAAGGACAUUGGGAACUCUGCAUAUGCCAAGAUUCUUACCGUCAGUCACACUGAUUGUGCCACGGAGGUCAUCGCCAUGGCGCUGCAGCAGUUUGGGAUUUCGGGCUGUGUGAAAGAUUACCAGCUCUGGGUGAGCUCCAGAAAGGAUGACCAUCCAUACCCUCUCAUCGGGCAUGAGUUCCCAUUCAGCAUCAAAAUGAGUCACAUCCGGGCGCUUACCUCUCAGAGCGGUGGAGGGAAAGACACCAUUACUCCUCCAGAGCCACAGGAGGCGCUGCUGCUGGAGCACAUGCCUUCGGACACAAAGUGCCAGUUCAUCCUCAAGCCCUGCCGAGUGGCCGUGGGGCAAGCUAUCAUGGAGAGCGGCCAGAAGCCAUUCAGGAGGAAGCGCUCCAUCAUCAACUGGGCCUUCUGGCGCGGCUCCAGCUCCCAGCUGGACUGCCUGCCCGUGUCGCCCACCUCGCCCGGCCCUGGGCGUCUCUUCGGCCUGCCGCUGAGCGCCGUGUUCGAGGGCGACGCCCUCCCCAGGCCUGUGAUGGACAUGCUGGUGGUGCUGUUCCAGGAGGGCCCCUUCACAAGGGGGAUCUUUCGCCGCUCUGCCAGUGCCAAGGCCUGCCGGGAGAUGAGGGAGAAGCUUAACUCAGGGCUGGACGACAUCACGCUGACCUGGGAGUCCACCUUCGUCACUGCCGCCGUCUUCAAGGACUUCCUCCGGCACAUUCCGGGCAGCCUGCUGUCCCAGGACCUGUACGAGCAGUGGGUCAGAGUGUUGGACCAGGCCGGAGAGGGAAAGGAGGACCGGGUGCAGGCCGUCCAGAGGCUGGUUCAGCGUCUGCCAAGGGAGAACCAGCUCCUCCUGGGUCACCUGCUGGCCGUCCUGCACUGCAUCCAUCGCCACGCCGACCACAACCAGAUGAACAGCUUCAACCUGUCCGUCUGCAUCGCUCCCAGCAUGCUCUGGCCGCCCGCUUCCUGCAGCCCCACCUCAGAGAGCGAAGGGACAUGCAAGGUGUCCGAGGUGGUGAGGUUCAUGAUCGAGCGCUGCUGUGAGGUGCUGGGGGAGGACAUCGCCUCUCUGUUUGGCAGAUUCCCUCAGCGGGGUGGCGGCAGUGACCACGGCUCCGACGUGUCUUCCUUCCAGCUGAACGACUCGUCCUACGACAGCCUGGAGAACGAGCUGAACGACGACACCGAGUCCUCCUUCCAGGACCUGCGGGGACAGAAGGACAAGCAAGAGAGCCGGAGCCGGGACUCCGUGAUCACGCUGAGCGACUGCGACCUGGACCAGCCCGAGCCGGGCCCCGACCCGGCACCCGUGCACCUGGAGCUCCCCCCGCUGGCCCGGCCCAGGAAGUUCACACCGGCGGGGCGGCAGCUGCGUGCGCGCGCUUUCCGGGAUGCCCCCGAGCGCGAGCCCCUCUGCACGCGGGGGUCGCGGCGUCUGCGCCGGUGCUCCGAGCCGUCCCUCAGCCACCCGCUGUCCAGCCUGCACAUCGGCCACGGGGAGCACAGCGGCGUGGCCCGCGUGGCCAGCUACGACGCCGUGUCGGACCACGAGGAGGACGAGGUUUUCGGGGAGCGGCUGCGCGAGCUGCAGCUGGACGGGCCAGCUGAGGGCGGCGCGGAGGAGCGGGGCGGGGCGGACUCCCGGGGCGCCCCGCGCCGGAAGCACAAGCAGGCCCCCCCGCCGCUGCGGCUGGAUGCCAGCUGCUCCAGCCUGUCCUCCCCCGCCACCUCCCCCUCCGGCUCCUCCCUCAGCUCGCUGGACAGCGCCUUCUCCCAGGGCUCCACUGACUACACCCUGGUCCCCCCCACCGAGCCCUGUCGCAAGGGCCUGAGAGCCCAGGGAAACACGCCUGCUUCCCCCUCCUCGCCCAGCACCACGCCUUCCAGGGAGGCCUGUGACUGGAGCCAGAACAGGAGCACCCAUGGCCUGCACCCCAACAGCUGGCUGAAACGGGGCCGCCGGCUGUCCCUGCGGCAACAGGACGGGGAGGGCAGGGAGGAGGAGUUGGGGCAGAGGGAGCCCAGCGGGUCUCCAGGGGCGUCACAGGACGGCGAGAAUAAAGCCCAUGGGCAGGGAGAACUUUCUGGAAAAAGACCCAACAGCCCCCAAACCUACCAGCAGGCCGUGGUGAAGAUCCAGCACUUCAGGUCCCCCUGCUGUAGGGCCAAAGAGAGGGGGCUGGCGGUAAAGGAGCUAAGGGGUGCGGUGUUUUACGGUCAGAACACCUCCUGCGUCACUUUGCAGAGGGAGCAGCCGCAAUCCCUCCCCCCAGCCUCUGAGGGGUCCCCCAAGCGCCCCUCCGCCCUGCGCCGGGCAUCCGAACCCACUGGGCUCGGGUGCCACACAGGCAGAGCCUCCGGCUCCACCCUGGAGCGGCUGUACACACAGGCGCUGGCUGAGGGGGGCAAGAUGCCGGCCGGACUGAACCCUCAGGACAGCGGGCUCAAGGUGUCCGACGUGGAGCCGCACAACAGCCCCGAGCUCAGGUUCUGCCUGUCCCCCUCCGCCACCAGGGCCGUGAAGGACUACUUCUCCUCGCACGUGGACGCCGAGGCCUCCCUGCGGAGGAGCCAGGAGGUGGCCGCCGCCAUCGUGCAGACCAAGAGGGAGUGGCAGAGCAGGAGGUGCAGCGACCCCAGGUUCGACGACUUUGAGCAAAUCUUUUUCGCCGAGGAGUCGUACGUCUGACAGCAAUCGUGGAGCGCCCCUCGGCCCCCGUGCACCCCUGGCUCCCUGCGGGUCGCUGUAAAUCACGCCCCGGGGUUUCAAGUGGCGCUUCCAGCAUGGUUCACAUCCCAGCACAGUCGCCCACAUCUGCUCCUGACAGGAAGACAGAUCCACACACACACUGCGCCCCACAAACCCUAAAUCUUCCCCAGCUAAUCUCAUUCCUUAAAGGACCCUGUGUCGCCAGCAACUAAAAGGAAUGGCUAGAGGAUUGUAGUAAGGGCCUCUUCUACUCUGAGACAGAAAGUCUGUCAUUUUUUAGCAGGGGGGUAGUAGAGGACCCCCUCAGAAGCACUCUUUACCACCCUCUGAGUCCUCUGUUUUUCCUGACUGCUGUGCGGUGUUGUUUUGCAGAAGUAUUGCUACAAGCUGAUAAAAAAAACUUUCUGUAUAUUGUACAUGCUCUUA